UUCGUUCGUUCAUUCGUUCCUUCGGCAAGCUAAUCAUUGUCUAAUUUAAUCCGCUUCUUUUUCGCCUUGUUCGAGUCAAACUAUGCGAUUUCUGUCUUUAUUGCUUUCUCAAGUCAAUUUUUAUUUUAUUCCUUAUUUAUAUAAGGAGUAUUUUUUUCAAGGGGGUUUCUCAAUCAUAUGUAGAAACUCAAUCCUGCUUGCCGUUUAGUCCAUAUAGAGCGUUGAAUAUUCCUCUUAUUUGUAGGAAAAUAUUACUACUAUUCGUGUAUAUAUGUGUUUGUAUGUGUGUGUGUGGGGAAUGUGAGAUUGGUGAAGGAGAUAGGGUGUGCGUAGGUUAAGCGGUGUAAGGGGGUGCGCAGGAUAACAUGGGCGAGCUGGGAUUUUCAUGGUCUGUUCUUGCUGUUCUGGGUUUGGCGUUGAACGCAGCGGUGUUGUGUAAUGGAGGAAUCACAAGCACUUUUGUGAGGAAAGUUGAGAAAUCUGUCGAUAUGCAGCUUGAUAGUGAUGUCUUCAAAGUGCCUCCCGGCUAUAAUGCGCCUCAACAGGUUCAUAUAACCCAAGGAGAUCUUCUGGGAAAGGGGGUUAUUGUGUCAUGGGUCACUAUGGAAGAACCUGGGUCAAGUACAGUUGUGUACUGGAGAGAAAAUACCAAUCACAAGAAAAUGGCAAAGGGCAAAUUUGUUACCUACAAAUUCUACACUUAUACUUCUGGAUACAUUCAUCACUGUACUAUUAAGAACUUGAAGUAUAACACCAAAUAUUACUAUCAAGUUGGGAGUGGACAUACAGAGCGAAUUUUCUGGUUUACAACUCCUCCUGAGGUUGGUCCGGAUGUUCCAUAUACAUUUGGUCUCAUAGGGGAUCUUGGUCAAACUUAUGAUUCAAACAGGACACUUGCUCAUUAUGAAUUAAAUCCAACUAAAGGGAAAACAGUACUGUACGUUGGGGACCUCUCUUACGCGGAUCACUAUCCGAAUCAUGAUAAUGUUAGGUGGGAUACAUGGGGACGGUUUGUGGAGAGAAGUGUUGCCUAUCAACCUUGGAUAUGGACUGCAGGAAAUCAUGAGCUCGAUUUUCUCCCUGAAAUUGGUGAAAAAAAACCCUUUAAGCCUUAUACUAAGAGGUAUCAUGUACCCUAUAAAGCAUCAAACAGUACAGCUCCCUUUUGGUACUCGAUCAAGAGGGCUUCAGCAUACAUCAUUGUCUUGUCUUCAUAUUCGGCAUAUGGCAAAUACACUCCUCAAUACACAUGGCUCGAGGAGGAGCUCCCAAAAGUAAACAGGAGCGAAACACCAUGGUUGAUCGUUUUAAUGCAUUCCCCAUGGUACAACAGCAACAGCUAUCAUUACAUGGAAGGGGAAACCAUGAGAGUUAUGUAUGAAUCAUGGUUUGUAAAAUACAAAGUUGAUGUUGUGUUUGCUGGUCAUGUUCACGCAUAUGAACGGUCGCACCGUGUAUCCAACAUUGCUUACAAUGUUGUAAAUGGCAUUUGUAGUCCUGUAAGUGAUCAAUCUGCCCCCGUGUACAUCACCAUUGGUGAUGGGGGAAAUAUUGAAGGCUUGGCAACCAACAUGACGGAGCCACAGCCAAAAUACUCAGCUUUCCGUGAGGCCAGUUUUGGUCAUGCCAUUUUUGAUAUUAAAAACCGGACUCAUGCUUACUAUAGUUGGCAUCGCAAUCAAGAUGGAUAUGCUGUGAUAGCUGAUUCCAUGUGGUUUUUCAACCGAUUUUGGCAUCCAAUUGAUGAUUCUGCAAUGUCCAAAUCUUGAUGAGAGAAUGUUUCUUUUUUUGUUCUGGAAUCGGGAAUGAAUACCCAAUUUAAAGUCAAUAAAGUUUCUAAAUUGUCUAUCUUUGAGCCUUGGCUGUGUUUUUUUUCUAAUUUGCAAUAGCAAUUUUUGUCAGUUCAACUAGUCAAUAAUAUGAGGCACUCUCUUAAUGUCC